AUGAACCGGCGGCGGCACGGCAGGGAGAAGCCAGCGCGGCCACAAGAUACAAAUUGUAGACUUGAAUGGCAUGGGCGAUACAGGAUAAUUAAAGGAGUUUGUCAAGGUUUGCGUUAUCUACACGAGGAAAAGAAUAUUGUUCACUUAGAUCUGAAGCCAGACAAUAUAUUACUUGACCGAGAAAUGGUUCCAAAAAUAACUGAUUUUGGUCUGUCAAGACUCUUUGACAAACAACAAACUCGAAUUAUAACUGCAAACUGUCGUGGGUCAAGAAUAUGUGAAAUUUGGAUUCUUACAUUAAACCCGGGUGGGGUCAAGGUCAAGGAUAGGUUGAGCGCUCCGACUCUCCACCAUCAAGCUGACAGCUCGUUCUCAAAUGCAGCAUACGCAGUAAUUUGGCAAACUAUUGUGGCCAAUGUAGUUGAAAAUUGGAAGAAUAGACUGCAGGCAACGCUGAGCCAGUUGUUACUAGAAGCAUACUGCCAUCAAGUGAAGACAUGUGCAGAGAUUGCAUUAAAAUGUGUACAAGACAACAGUCAAAAUAGGCCCGAUAUUGGGUCCAUUAUUACUAUGCUGAAUGAAACAGAAACUGAUUUCCAAGAACAAGAAACUUCUACAUCCUGUAAGCUGCUUGAGAUUCAUCCCCUGGAGCUUCGAUUCCCUUUCGAGCUUAACAGGUUGGCCACAUGCCCAUUGUACCUAGCCAACAGCACAGAUGACCGUAUCGCCUUCAGGCUUUGGCCAGGGAACCAAGAUAGGUACUUCACUGAGUGGCUCUGCGGUGUCGUGGAACCAAGAUCCACUUACACCCUUACUGUGACUAUGAAAGAACAGAAACAGCACCCACCGCUGGACAUAGACGAGUUUCUAAUUAAGCAGAGCCGUAUAAUGGAUAGUGACCAGCUUAAGGAUAUAAACCAAGGAAAAGCUGAUGAUGAGUUUGAUAAUUUUUUUGAGGAAGUUCAAAAGACAGGUGUUGAUUUGGUGCAUGAAAAUACGCUGAUGGCUCUUUGUGACCCACAAGCAGAGACAACCUCUGAGGUCAUGUCAACGGAGAUUUUUAGUAAAAUGGUUUCCAUGGAUGUACAUCCAACAGAACCUUGGAUUGUAACCGGUCACUUCAAUGGGUAUGUCUGCAUGUGGAACUAUCAGACAAAGGCAAUGCAAUGGAUUGUUGCUGGAGGUGGAGAUGGUCGCAUCUAUGUGUACAGUUAUAACACAAUGAAGAGAGUCAAGAGUUUCAGGGCUCUCAGUAACCAGAUCACUUCUUUGGCUAUUCAUCCAACUGAACCUUAUGUACUGUCAGCAUCCUAUGACCUUGUAAUUAAGAUGUGGGACUGGGAAAAUGGCUGGAAAUCCACACGGAAAUUUGAGGAUGCGCACUCCAGCUCUGUGAUGCAGAUUGCCUUCAACCCCAAUGAUGUCAAAGCUUUUGCAAGUGUUUCCAAGGAUUAUACCUUAAAGAUCUGGAGUGUUGAUUCUCCCCUUGGUAAUUUCACAUUGGCCGGGCAUACAUCUCAUGUGAGAUGUUUGGAUUACUUUACUCGAGGUGACAGUCAAUACUUGAUUACCGGCUCUGAUGAUGGGACUGCCAAGAUUUGGGACUUGCAGAAGAAGAUUUGCGUUGAAACACUGGAAGGACACGCAAAUAGAGUCAGCGCUGUAUGUUCCCAUCCUGAGCUUCCUAUACUGAUGACAGGUUCCCGCGAUGGGACUGUUCGUCUUUGGAACUCUAAUAGCUUCAGGCUUGAGGGCGUACUCAACUUUGGUCUCAGAAAAGUCCAUGCCUUAGCAUGUAUGAAGGACUCAAGGGUUGUUAUUGGACACAGCCAUGGAUUAGCAAUUACGGAGAUUGGCCAUCAUGGACGUUGGUAG